ACUUUUCUUGACGCCGAGGCCUCGGCCCACGCCGUUCCCUACCAUGCGGACUUUUAGUGUACGCUCGGUCCGCAAGCACCGUGGUACCGGGUGCGUAGACGUUCCUUUUGGCGACGGACUGUGGAGACGCCUGAGCGUACGCAUUUUGCGCCCACAUGUACUUCGCGAUGACAAGGUGCCCCUGCAGGCGGGUGGCUCGGCGGAUGGCGCACGAGCAAUUGACUGGCCCUCUCGUCGCAUCAUGCUCGGGAGAAUGUCGCAGUAUUUUUUUUAAAGACAGUUCUGCAGACAUGCAAGAAACAGUUUAUAUCCGACCGAGGUUUCUGAGUGGAUUAGACAUGCUGAUUUAGAGAAAAAAAGCUGAGAAAGGCGGACCAGGAGCGGAAAAGGAGCAGCUUGAGUACGAGCGGUAACAUGACAGAGCUGAGACAUGCCCACCAGAUAUCGUGGGUGCAAAGACAGAUGAAACUGCAGGAAGAAGAAUACACCACUACAUUUCAAGUACCGCUAUUGUGCGUGACCUGGAACGUCAAUGCGACGAAGGAAGAAAUUGAAAUAUGGCCCAUUUUUCUGGAGUGUAAUGUGGUGCCGGAGGUGCUACUUAUAGGAUUUCAAGAGGUAGACAUGUCUGCGGAGAGCGUGUUGAAGAUGGAGACGCCUCGAGCGCAGCAGUGUGCGGAGACGGUGAUGAGUCAGCUGCAAUUUGCGGCUGAAUAUAUUUUUGAGCCGCUAAGACAGCAGAAACAGAAGAGAGGGCUGUCUGAGUUGCAGAAUGAGUACGUGGAGUAUAUGAGUCGCAAGAAGGUUAGCGUGUUUUCUGGGACGGAUCAGGCGUACGUAUUGGUCGAGUUUAAUCAAAUGGCAGGUUUGGUGAAUUUGGUGGCGGUUUUGAAGAAGCAUAAAGCCUACAUAUCUGAAUUGCGGGUAGUGAAGAAGGCUACUGGCGUUUUGAACAUAUUGGCGAAUAAGGGCGGUGUGGCAAUUAGGUUUCGGUUUUACGAUUCGACGUUUUGUUUCAUCAAUUCACACUUCAAUGCACACAAAUCAAAUUUGACACGUCGGACGCAAGAUUAUCGUGAGCUGAGUUCGAUAUGUUUUGAGGGCUUGCCUGUUGAGACGGGGAUUUACGACCACGAUUUUGUGAUAUGGCAGGGGGACCUGAACUACCGGGUCGAAACGAGCACGGCCGAGGCAUAUCGGUUGAUUGAGGAAAAAGACUGGGGCCAACUGUUGGCGACUGACCAGCUAACGAUGCAGAUGAGGUCUGGGCUGGUGUUUUGCGAUUGGAAGGAGGCGCCGAUUGCUUUUGCGCCGACCUACAAAUACAUCUGCAAUACGGAUUCUUACUCUAAAGAGAGCAGGAGGACACCAUCUUGGUGCGACAGAGUUUUAUGGCGUUCUAGGAAGGGAGUGGACUGCCUGCACUACGCGCGCCACGAGUUGUUGAUUUCGGACCACCGUCCGGUGUCUUGCCUUUUGAUGGUACCGGUAAGCAUUGCAGAUGCUAAUAAGCAGAGAAAAGUGCUCAAUCAGCUGCUGAGGGAAAUCGAUCAAACUGAGAAUGAGUUUCUCCCGGAGGUGACACUUUCGACAACUGAAUGCGAUUUUGGCUACGUGCGCUUCAUGGUUGCGUCUGAAUACAAAUUGGAGCUGACUAACACGGGGAAAAUACUUUGCAGUUGGGAAUUCGUUCCGAAGCUGGACGAAAAGGACAUUUGUAGACCUUGGUGCAAGGUCUAUCCCAAGGGUGGGCUCUUGAUGCCGUCGGAAAAAGUUCAAAUCACCUGUACAGUGUACAUCAAUGAACGCCAAGUUGCGCUGUUCAACAUGAAACAAGAGAAAAUAUACGACAUCCUGAUUCUGCAUUUAGACAACAGUAGAGACCAUUUCAUCACUUUGAAGGGCAAAUACUUGGUUUCGUCGUUCGGCUGGAGUCUGGAACAGUUGGUCCGGCUGAAGGAGUCGGUCAGAACGUCUCUCUUGGUGGAAGAUGGCGACCAAGACGCGCUGAUGUCCGAGGCGAUCCCACUUUCUGUCUCCGACGUUCCCCAGCCAGAAGUCGGCAUGCUCGGCUCUCCCUCGGAUGUGCUCUCGUCCGAUCCACCCCUCCCGGUGCCAAAAGAGCUCUGGAUGCUGAUCGAUUGGCUGUACCAACAUGCCGUGGGCGUCAAGGACCUGUUCAUAGAGGGCGGCAUCACAAAGGAAAUGGAAACGAUUCGAGAGCUUCUCGACAACUACCUGGCCAUCCCAUCGGACAUGGAUCCACACAGCACCGCCGAAACCCUUCUUUGCUUCUUAGGCAGCCUGAGAGAACCCCUGAUUCACCCGCACGUGUACCCAUACCUUCUGGAGGCGCCAACUCUAGGACAGGUCCAGCGCCUGUUCAACAGUCUCUCCUACGUACAUUGCAAUACACUAUUUUAUAUUGUGUGCUUGAUCAGGUAUCUGAAAGAAAACGACGAGACGUUCGACGUCGGGGAGGUGGCUUUCUUGUUGUCAGAGCUAUUCAGCCGUCAAAAGGAGUCGGCGAGUCAACAGGCCAAGUUUUGGACUUUUGUGUUUCAGUUGCCCAGUCGCGGGAAGUGACGUUUCGCGGUGGUUGCUGACCUACGGACCGCACUCUGUGGGUAUUGGCUCGGCAGGUUUGUGGUUUUUUUGCGCCCUUUCUUCUUCGACAGAGUUUCGAGUUUCGCCUUGGCGACGCGGCACGCGUCGCACUUGGUUUGGCGGCUUUCCCCGGUCCAUUGGAGCGCGAACGAGGGUCGUUUCCUCCUUCUUCGGCGCCAUACGAGACAAAGAUAAAAAAGCGUACCCAGCUUUUAGGGCCUGUCAACAAUUUUUCAGAG